AUGGACGAUACAAAUGAUACAAGUUUCGUUGUCGAUGAAGUAUCAAAUGUGAUAAAAGAAUCAAUUGAAGCAACAAUUGGAUCUCAAUCAUAUCAACAAGCAAGAAUAAAUACAUGGACAUCAAAUAUAGUUGAAGCUAUUCUUAAUUCAUUAACAAAAUUAAAUAAACCUUUUAAAUAUAUUGUUUCAUGUGUUAUAAUGCAAAAAAAUGGUGCUGGUUUACAUACAGCAAGUUCAUGUUUUUGGGAUAAUACAACUGAUGGUUCAUGUACUGUUCGUUGGGAAAAUAAAUCAAUGUAUGCUAUUGUCUCCGUAUUUGGUUUAUCGAUCUGA